GUUUACAUAUCGUUCGUGCGGGGGGCAAGGAGCAAGACGCGGGAGGAAUAAGCCCGAGUUACAUAGGUCAUAUUGUAAGCAGUUCGGGACAUCAUGUAGGGGCUGUCAGCGCAUGAUAACGAGGACUAUUUAUUGAAUAAACAUUCAUUUUCGUAUAGCGUCGCGACGCGUCGCCACGGCAUGCGUCGCCACGCCAGAAAUCGGUUUUACGUGCGGCUAAAGAUGUUUCACAUCAAUGGUCAUGAUAACGCGAUUAUUACGGCAAUGAUUUUUGAGGAUCGAGCAUGGGUAGUGACUACCCAUCUAUUAAGCCAUAUUCCUCUAUUAUUUAUGUGACCACAGAGUUUUAAGCAGUUGUAAGUAAUAUUGGUACUUGCAUUUGAUUAUUAUAGGGUAACCACAUAUAUAUAGGACAUAGGGAAUACGUCAUAUGCAUUGGGGGCAUGAAGUGAUACUGAUUUUGACAGUGACAGAUUCCCUUAAAAAAUUACAGGGAUAGCUGAUAGUGAUAACUGAUAAGUUGAUAACAAAUAACAAUAAAGAAGAAUAAUUUUAACUCCUAAAUAAAACGAUACAAAACAUAAGCCAUAUAUUUAAAUUUAGCUAAAGUGGAAUUAGUUACUUACGAAUAUAUGUACUAUUCUAAAUAUUGUUACCACUAAUGUAAAGUGUUGUAGUUCAUAUUAACAUGUACUUACAAUAAUAACUUUUUUUAUAAAUAUGCCUAUAGACAUAAAAUGUGUUAAUUGCAUAAACAUGGACAGUGUAGAGGAAGGACAAGUUCCAAAGGAAUUCAUUGAGUAUGAUUUUGCAGAAGACGCUCUAGAUUUUGAGCUUCAGUUAGCCGAAGCGCGGGAAGUAAAAUUUACACAUACCUUAGUAGAACCAUUGUCGAUCGGAUCCCACGUUGUGUGCACGGGCACACCCUCUGAAGAUUUACCAUGGUUUGCCGUGAAUAUUGGGUGCGGAGAUGCCGAAUCGGGUCGAGGAGAUAUAGCCGUCCACUUUAACGUUCGUCUGCCACAAUGCUAUGUCGUGAGGAACACAAAGCGCCACGACAAGUGGGGACUCGAGGAAACCACUGCUUAUCGAUUAUUUCCAUUCAAAGCAGAUUCGCUAUUCACGAUCGAGAUCCUGGUGGAUGAAAAGGAAACAUUAUGGGCAGUGAAUGGGGAGCAUUAUUGCAGCUACGAGCAUAGAAACCCGAGCCCCCUCGUAGCUAGCUGGGUGCAGGUGACGGGCAUUCGAGAUGCGACGUUAAGCGUAAUGAAGACUGAUAUUUACCCGACAUUGGCGUCACCGGUGUUAGAAGUACCAGUAAGAGAUUAUUUUAAAGGUCCAGCUAAAGGCGAGGAGCCAUCUUGGCAUUCCAAUAUCAUAGCUGCAUUACCGUAUGGUGUCCCAGACGCUCACCAGUUGGUUAUUCAUGGAAGACUACGGCCAAUGCUGCACUCGUUCACCGUGGACCUAAUGGACUACACGCGCGAGUGGCCGCGGCCCAACAUCCACCUGCACGCGAGCCUGCGCGCGCACGCCGACUCGCACCUCGACCGGCAGCUCGUCGUGCUCAACGCGUGGCUCGGCGCCUGGGGGCCCGAGCGCCGCCAGCGCACCGCGCGCCUCGUGCCCGCCACCAAGACAACAUUACGCAUAGUCCGAGGGCCGGCUGAAUGGUGCAUAUUUGCGGAUGACUUUCUCAUCGGUGAGCUGGAGUAUCGAGCGGCAGCCGCUGGGGUCAAAGCGCUACGAAUUCGGGGAGAUCUUUAUCCCGAAGAGAUUUAUAUUUGUCCAUCCACCAACUCUCCCGUAGGAGAGGAAAAACGUAACGGUCCAUAGACAUAAGGCGGUGAUAAAAUUAGCUUUUACUGAUAAAUUUUAUUAGAUGUGUUUUAAACUAUAGUAUGACGGUCCAUUGCAUUUGAUCAUGAUUUUGAUGAUAAGUAAUUAUUAAUGAAUUAGAUCUCUUAUAAAAGACUAUUGAGCCUAAAGACGAUGUUCUUCAAUUGAUAAUCGAAUAUUAUAUUAAGGUACUUAUGAAUUUAAUUAUAUCAAAGAUUUUGAUUCCUGUGCAAUUAAUGCUGGUGAUGUUUGAAAGUUUUUAUAUAUUAUAAUUAUUUAUAUUUUAUUUUUGAUUAAAGUGCUUAACCUCGUGUAAUCGCAAGUUGUUGCUAAUUUAUUUAUAUAUAAAUAAAAAUUAUUAAUAAUAAGGGAAUUGUGAUAUUGUUGACAGUUAUAAACAGAUUAUACAAGCUUAUAAAUGUGCCAUUGAAAUUAAGUACAGAAAGCAUUUAUGUCGUUGCAAGUUAUAUAAUGUAUUUAUCAGAUAAGUGAUAUUUUUUGUUCAAAUGACUCUUGUGUAGACUAAGACAAAUGUUAUAUUAAAACUUAAGUUAUAAGAAAUAAUCAUUGAACUGUUCUUAUGGUCAAAAUAAAGGCUAUGUUUGUGA